AUGUGCAUGAUGGGAUUGGUGAUUCUCUAUCUUAUAGUGUUGUUCCAGAGAGGUCUCUGUAUGCCUAGCAGGUGUUACGAGGGAGAGGAAAUGGACAGAGAUCAAUCACAUAUGGGUGUAUGUAUAUGUUCCGACAAGGAUGAGGCUGGUGUCUAUACCAGCCAAGAGCAUCUGAAUCUCUAUCACUCGAAUGUCUACAUCAAACCUGGCUACUUCCUUGCGGUCUCCGGUCUUGAUAUUACCUCUGACACAUACCGGAGUUACGAAUUACGGAGUAACGGAUUGACACUAGGUCAAGGUCAUCCGUUCAGUGAAGACACGACCAGUACAGCUGUGUGGCGCGGAGAUUCUGGACUUCGUCGAUCUCCAGAACGCAAUGGCUAUGGUCUCGAACUCAGCCCACAUCAUAGCAAAAAAGAGAAGACUGCUGACAUUGUCAACGUCUCGAACAACAUUCAGCAGGUGCCCGAUUUCUUGAAGUCAAGACAGAAGUGUGCGUAG